CCGCCGCAGAAUGUCAGUUAUGCGUCCACAAUUCCAACAAUACUUUACAUACUUGACGUGCUUGCGCCGUAUAGACGUCGCUAGUGUCGCGACCGAAACCCAAAUCCCCGAAAACGCGUUUUCAGUAAAGUUUUUUUAUUACCCUUUUUCCACGUUAUAAUAACUAUAUCAUUUCUUUAUGUUGGUUUGAAUCGGUCGUUUAUCGAAUUGAUUCUUCGACCGUUUGCCCCAAGCACAGUGAAAACCAGUGGUCAGUGGCUUGCGAUGCUAUGGCUGUCGCGAAGUAAAUAAAUAAGCAGUGAUGUGCGUUUACCCUCAACAAUAAUAAUAAUGUGAUGUUGUAAUAUUAUACCAAUAUUGUGUGGUUACCUUUAUCGUACACAGGUACAAAAUGAUCUUAAAUAGCGAUCUAAGGCGGAAAGAGAAACAGCAACUUUGGGAGGAAACGUGACAUGAGCGCACCCUUCCUCGAGAAAGGUAGCGUUGUAUCACCAAGCACGAUUAGUUCCCCUUGGACUCCGGUGACCGGACCGUCAGCGGACGCGAACGGUCCGGUCCAAGACACUAAAAACUUGGACGUCGGAGAUGUCAGCGAUGACGAGAAGGAUAUGUCCGCGGCGGACGCGGAAGGUGUCUGGAGUCCGGAUAUCGAGCAAAGCUUCCAAGAAGCGCUUGCCAUUUACCCACCUUGUGGAAGAAGGAAGAUUAUCCUUUCCGACGAGGGAAAAAUGUACGGUCGAAACGAGCUUAUAGCCAGGUAUAUAAAAUUGAGAACCGGAAAGACGCGCACGAGGAAACAGGUCAGCUCACACAUACAGGUGCUGGCGAGGCGAAAACUCCGCGAGAUACAGGCCAAACUCAAAGUGCAAUUUUGGCAACCAGGUUUACAACCAGGAACAUCACAAGAUGUAAAACCAUUCCCGCAAUCAUCAUAUCCAAGUGGAAAACCCUCCACGGCAGUUUCCCAAGGCGAUGUAGGAGCAUUGCAACCGCCACAUCCACCGGUAUGGGAAGGAAGAGCAAUUGCGACCCAUAAAUUAAGGCUGGUCGAGUUUUCGGCGUUUAUGGAGUCGCAAAAUCGAGACGAGCCGGUAAAUUACCCCAGACAUCUAUUUGUGCAUAUAGGGGGUCCAGCAAUAUCGUACGCCGACCCUUUAUUAGAAGCGGUCGAUGUGCGACAAAUUUACGAUAAAUUCCCGGAGAAAAAAGGCGGAUUAAAAGAAUUGUACGAUAAAGGACCACAGAACGCGUUCUUUCUCGUCAAAUUUUGGGCAGAUCUUAAUAGUAAUAUACAAGAUGAAGCCGGUGCUUUUUACGGUGUAACUAGCCAGUAUGAGAGUAACGAAAACAUGACUAUAACGUGUUCAACAAAAGUUUGUUCUUUUGGGAAACAAGUUGUGGAAAAAGUUGAAACGGAAUAUGCUCGCUAUGAUAAUGGAAAAUUUAUUUAUAGGAUUCAUAGGAGUCCUAUGUGCGAAUAUAUGAUUAAUUUUAUACAUAAAUUAAAACACCUUCCCGAAAAAUACAUGAUGAAUAGUGUAUUGGAAAAUUUUACAAUUUUACAAGUGGUGAGUAAUAGAGAAACACAAGAAACGUUACUUUGUACGGCGUACGUUUUCGAAGUAUCAACAUCGGAGCACGGAGCUCAACACCACAUUUACCGACUGGUUAAGGACUAGCCUCGAUUCGGUCGCGUUUUUAAUAAAACAUUUUCACUUACGUGCCUACAAACUCACAAUAUUAGUAUUAUUACGAUUACUAUUAUUACGUCAUUAUUAUCAGUUUCGUAGGAUUAGAUCGUAUGUUAUUAUAAAAAGAAGAAACGUUUUAAACGACAAAGAAUAAUGACGGAAAAGGACUUUUCGUUUUGGUUACACGAGGUUUUUUAAAAAUCCCUUCCUAUUUUUCUGGAUUUUGAUUUUUAAUUCUUUUUUUUUUAAAUUUUGGUGCCUCGUAUCCGCAGGUCGGAAACAAUGAAGUACUGAAAAUCGGACACUUUAAUUUUAUAUUUUAACUUUGAGGUUGAAUCACUCAAUUAAUUAGAUAUUAACUCAGUAUUUUUUUUUUUCGAUUUUAAUCUCCUUGUUUUUAGUUUUUUUGUGCAAUGAAAUGAAAUAAAAUUAAUAAUAA